GUAACAUUCAAACUUUGAGCUGACAAAAAAAAUACUAGGUCUGACUACUGGGUUUCUCAACAGCGCCAUUGGUGUAAAUACUGUAAAAAGUAUGUUGCUAAUAACAAGCCCUCCAUUGCACUUCAUGAAAAUGGUAGAUCCCACAAGGACGAAGUCGAAAGAUUUUUACGCGGCGUUUACCAAAAAGGAAGACAGGAUAUUGAAGACAAGGCAAAUGUACAGCAAGAACUUGAACGUAUCGAAAGAGCAGCAAUGAAAUCAAUGGGCCAAAGCUAUGUGCCCAAAUCUACCCCAAUCAAAAAAAGCUAUGAUUAUCAUGUGGAUCCUACAGUACCCACUAUAGAGGAGCUGCGUGAACAGGCAAAGGCUGAACAGCAGCAGGCAAAAGCAGCGGAAGGACGUGAAGAGUGGGCGGUCAAUACACAGAUUGCUAAAGUAGGUGAGUGGGAAACAGUAGCUGUACCGAAACCCGUGGCAAUAGAAACAAGCAACGAGAUACAUAAGGAUAAUAAAGAGAGUGCUACACAUGAUCAGGCAGCACAGUUCCAAGACGACGAUGAGGAUGAGGAAGAUUUACAUAGCUUUAAAAUUAAAGAAAAGGAAUUGGAUAUACCAAUUGAAGGAGACGAUGAAAAGCAAGCAGUGACAUUUAAAAAGCGUAAAUUAGGCGAUUCAGCCAUCAAAUCAAGAAAGAAGAAACCACUAAGAAAGAAGGAUUAACUCCUGUAUUGAUCAUAGUAUUGUUUAAAAUUAAAAACGUAUAAAAAUCAAUGAACUCCUACUUGGAAGGGGUUAGAGACAGAAUAAUGUAUUUGAAAGAACAAUGAGAUGAUUCGUGGUGAUUUUGAAAUAAUUAGGACAUGUGACUUAAUAGGUGAAGGCAGUUGGUGAUCAUCCUUUAAGUGAUACACAUUUCUACACCUUUUUUUUUUUUUAAUUUUUUCUCUUUUCUUUCUUCCUUUUCAUUCUUUUUCAAAACAAAUAAAUAAUUGCUUAUAAAUGAAGCAAAUUGGAG